GUCUAUUCACGGGGAAGGAUGGUCGCCCAAGUUACCGCGACCCUUCCGGCGCUUGCUCCUCCGAGGUCAGCAGUUCGCUUGGACGGUCGCCGCGCCUUAUCAUUCCUCUCCACCUCAUAUCCUGGGUUUUCCCAGGCUUUUCUGCCUCCGGGACUCCUCUCUUCCUCCAGCUCCCCCUUCCGCCGCAUCACGGCGACUAUGGCAGCCCCCGUGUCGCUCGAUAGUUCGAUUCUGCACGACUUGGGAGCUUCUGCCGUGACGAGUUUUGUUGCGCUCGGGCUCCUCCGGUUCUGGGGGGAGCUGGCUAAAAGAGGCGUCUUUGAGCAGAAACUAAGCAGGAAGCUUGUUCAUAUAACAGUAGGAUUGGUUUUCAUGCUCUUCUGGCCUUUGUUCAGCUCAGGACGUUGGGCGCCAUUUCUUGCGGCUUUGGCACCAGGAAUUAACAUCAUUAGGAUGCUUCUCCUUGGACUUGGAUUUUUGAAAAAUGAUGCCACAGUCAAGUCAAUGAGCAGACACGGAGACUACAGGGAACUUUUGAAAGGACCGUUGUUCUACGCAUGCACUAUAACUUGUUCCACUGCAAUCUUUUGGCGAACAUCUCCUAUCGCAAUAGCUUCAAUCUGCAACUUGUGUGCCGGAGAUGGUGUGGCUGAUAUCAUAGGGCGACGACUCGGUGGGACAAAACUUCCUUACAACCCUAAUAAAUCCUUCGCAGGUAGCAUUGCGAUGGUCUUGGCAGGGUUUUUAUCAUCAGUCUGGUACAUGCAUUACUUCCACGCCUUUGGAUUCAUGGAAGAAAAUUGGGGAAUGAUCAUACGCUUCUUCAUCGUGUCUUUGGCUGCCUCAGUUGUGGAAUCACUACCCAUUAGUACAGAAUUGGAUGACAAUUUAACUGUCCCAGUGGCAUCGUUGUUAAUAGGCGGCCUUGUUUUCUGACGUUGCAUUGGACGGUUGCACGUGUUGAGAACCUACCUUGUAUGCAUAUGGGAAUAACAAAGAGUUUUUUCUUUCUAGUGUGAGUUCAAUGGACUUUGUUGGGUUUUCUGGUGUUACAGAUGAAUUUGAGAGUAGAAUCAAAUUUAUUCAUAAAUCAAAGUCAAAAUCCUUUAGUC